GCCGCCCGCGGCGGGCGGUUCGAACUGUGCGGGCCUGGGUGGCACUCUAGGGUUUGUCGCUUCGGGCUGCAGCUAGGCCCCAGGGAUUUCCUUACAGCCUUACUACCCACGCCUCAGUGUGAGGAGACUGCUUGGAACCAAUGGUUUUUUGGGGGAAACUUUCAGCAAGUCCAAGAGAAAGCCCACGGGCGCCAGGAGAGAACGGAAAGCUAGCCUUGCACUUCCGUGCUGGAGAUCAGGAUUUUGUGAGGCUCUUCUACUCCUUUUUCAAGUCCCUUGUGGGCAAGGAUGUAGUCGUGGAACUCAAGAAUGACCUGAGCAUCUGUGGAACCCUUCACUCUGUGGACCAGUACCUCAAUAUCAAGCUAACCGACAUCAGUGUCACAGACCCUGAGAAAUACCCUCACAUGUUAUCAGUCAAGAACUGCUUCAUCAGGGGCUCAGUUGUCCGCUAUGUGCAGCUGCCGGCAGAUGAGGUGGACACACAGCUGCUGCAGGAUGCAGCAAGGAAGGAAGCCCUUCAGCAGAAGCAGUGAUGGCGCCUUCCCCUCCCCUCACUUCCCCAUUGGUGACCCAUAACUUGAUAUCCAACUGAGGACAAGGACACCCCUGCCCAAUACUUACAGUGUGUUUUGUUUUGUUAAUGCUUGUUUUUUCUUUUUAACUGAAUGGAUGAGAUA